AUGAAAUUGAGAAGAAAAAUGAUUAUAGUAGGUCCAUCAACAAGCCGCCGAGCUAAUAAAAGAGAUAUACCACCUUUGCCACCACCAGAUGGUUCAUCGUCUCCUCCAGCCUCACCACUUUUGCCACCACCAAUAGAUUCGUUGUCUCAUCCAGUGUCAUCACCUUUGCCACCACAAGUAGGUUCAUCGUCUCCUACAGUGUUUCCAUCUUUGCCACCACCAGUAGGUUCAUCAUCGUCUCCUUCAUUGUCACCACCUUUGCUACCACCAGCACGGUAAACAACAAUUCUUGAAAAAAGUAUGUUGUAAAUUUACAACCAUUUGUUUCUGCAAAUUUGAUAAGUCUUACAUACAUUUUACUUAAAAUAUCAUAGUUGGUUUUAUAUUAAUGAGGAAGUUCUGUUAUUAA